GUGCUUCCGGUGCCAGGGAGUGACGUUGUGGGUCCACCGGUCCCGUAGCCGUGGCAGCCGCUGAUGCGGGCUGGGUACAGUGUCUGCGGGUGAGCGCUGAGAGCAGCGCGGGUCACACAUCAGCCUGGCUGCAGCGCGCCGCCACGACGGGGCCGACAGCUAUGGCCAAGGACAUCCUGGGUGAAGCAGGGCUGCACUUUGACGAGCUGAACAAGCUGCGGGUGUUGGACCCAGAGGUUACCCAGCAGACCAUAGAGCUCAAGGAAGAGUGCAAGGAUUUUGUGGACAAGAUUGGCCAAUUUCAGAAAAUAGUUGGUGGUUUAAUUGAGCUUGUUGACCAACUUGCAAAAGAAGCAGAAAAUGAGAAGAUGAAGGCCAUCGGUGCUCGCAACUUGCUCAAAUCUAUAGCGAAGCAGAGAGAAGCUCAGCAACAGCAGCUCCAAGCUCUAAUCGCAGAAAAGAAAAUGCAGCUUGAAAGGUACCGGGUUGAAUAUGAAGCUCUGUGUAAAGUAGAAGCAGAACAAAAUGAAUUUAUUGACCAAUUUAUUUUUCAGAAAUGAACUGAAAAAAACCUCCUUUUUAUAGCAGGAGGAAAAAGAAAAAAAACAAACUCCCAAACAAAACACCUCUGUACUAUUCCAGUGACGUGACUGACGACUGAAGUAUGUAAGUGAAAUGGUGUGUUAGGAAUGCAGCAUCUCCAAAGGCAAUAAAAUACAUCUGGGGGAGCUUGUUGCCCCCACAGGUUCAGUACAAAUCUGAUCAACCCUAUUGGCCAUGGUGGUCCAGGUUUUGACAUUUAGGAUUUUUAGUCGGUAAACUUUUUUCCUUUUUUGUAAAUUCACAAAAUUUUGGAAAGAAAAGCAAUAAAUUAUUUUCAAAUGG